AUGAAAGUUGUUUGUGAUCAGUACGUAUCUCUCUCUAUCCCCAAAUAUCUCUACAGAGAUAAUAUCACUUACACCGGGCGAUACGAGAAAAACGCUUCACAAGUCAUCUUCGACUGGCCUAACUUCUCGAUGGAACUUGUCGCUCCACAAAAAGAAGUCAAUUUAUAUUUCAGGUGCGAAGGUCUGAAUCUCCUCACAUUCACCUCUGAAGCCCAAGUCACUGUCGAACAGAAACGACAAUUCGAAGUGCCUCCAGAGAUCUCGGCAUACACAAUUGCACUUACUCCUUCAUACGCAAAGAUCUCUAUCGUCAACACUACAAAUCGGCAAAUGACUCUAAAAAUUACCAAAAUAACAGACUCAAACGACGGCGCUCUUUGUUUCUAUGGUGCUGACUGCCAACUUGAGAAAAGUGCCCAAUAUAACACAACAAAAAAGAUUAAGAUGCUUGCCGUUGGAGACGAAUUGGUCUGUGGAACUGGAGCACGUCCGUUUAAAGCUUGUGCUUGCAGAAAACUGCAAAACGACUCUUCAGCAUCAUUUGUCUCGUUGUUGGCAAACACUUUUAAUAUCGAAACACAGACAGUCGCUUUGAAGAAAGUCGGAAUUGUUCGAAACAAGAAUGAAAUUGAGUUUCCAAAUGACGAGCAAAACAUCUCGACGCUUUUGAAGCAAAAUGCUGGAGGAAAUAAAGAACAAAAUUUCAAAUUCGACUCAUUUGUUGCUGACAUCGUAUUACUCGCUGUUGGGUCUAACGACUUCUGGGACGUCGGAGUUCUUAGCUCGAAAACUAAAAAUGUCCCAGAACCCAGUUUUAAAAUUGUCUCUGACAACGCUCAAGUCCCCAGCGUUGAGAAUUCGCCACCAUGUGAUGAAAAAGAAGUUGUUAAAAGUCCAGAGACUGCAGAAGAUGAAGGUGCAAGUAAAAUCACACCUGAAACUCCAAAAGAGGAAAGGGCUGUUACAUUGAAUGAAGAUACAACAACUAAAGCAACGACAAAUCAGUCGAAGAAAAUGGAGCUGCCACAAGAAAGUGUGAAACCUAACUUCCCUAGAGGAGUUCCAACCAAAGUUAACGUCGAAACAAUUUCAGAAACGAAAUGUUGUAGCAUUGUCGACGAUUUUAUUGUCGACGACGAAAGUGAAUUGGACGAAGUCUUCACACAGAAGUGCGAAGACCUUUUGAAUGAAAUUAUAUCAUUGUAUAAAGGAGCCAAAAUAGGGGUUGUCAUCGGACCAGUGAUGGCGCGCGAGGGUGAGAAUGGGUGGAAAACGGCGAUUGAGAGUGUGAAUCGAACGCACAAGGAUCAGGUCGUAGCACUUGAUUGUCAGUUGUGUUACGACGAGAAAGACAAAGAGUGUUGGGGGUACAGUAGAAAUCCGUCUGCGAUAGGGUAUAAGGCAAUGUAUCAAAAAUUGCUUCCUCAGUUUGAGAAAUUGGUCAACUAA